ACUCUUCUCCAGGGAAUCAGUAGUUCUCCAUUGGUGUCUGAAGGGAUCUGUGAGCAAGAGGAGCCUCAGAAGUCAGGACAGGUAGGACACGGGAGCAGCCGUGAUGGCUUCAGGAAUCCUGGUGAACAUAAAGGAGGAGGUGACCUGCCCCAUCUGCCUGGAGCUCCUGACAGAACCCCUGAGCCUAGACUGUGGCCACAGCUUCUGCCAAGCCUGCAUCACCACAAACAACAAAGAGUCCAAGAUCGGCCAAGAAGGAGAGAACAGCUGCCCUGUGUGCAGAGCCAGUUACCAGCCUGACAACCUGCGGCAUAAUCGGCACGUGGCCAGCAUAGUGGAGAGGCUCAGGGAGGUCAAAUUGAGCCCAGAGAAGGAGCAGAAGAGAAAUCUUUGUGUGCGCCAUGAAGAGAAACUCCUGCUUUUCUGUAAGGAGGAUGGGAAGAUCAUUUGCUGGCUUUGCGAGCGGUCUCAGGAGCACCGUGGUCACCACACAUUCCUCAUGGAGGAGGUUGCCCAGGAAUAUCAGGAGAAGCUUCAGGCAGCUCUGGAGAGGCUGAGGGAGGAGCAGAAGGAAGCUGAGAAGUUGGAAGCUGAUAUCAGAGAAAAGAGAGUUUCCUGGAAGAAUCAAAUACAAAAUGAGGUACAAAGUGUCCAGGCAGAGUUUAAACAAAUGAGAGGUAUCCUGGACUCUGAGGAGCAGAAGGAGCUACAGAAGCUGGGGCAGGAGGCGACAGAUAUUCUACAUAACCUGGCCAAGUCUGAGAAUGAGCUGGUCCAGCAGAGCCAGUUGGUGAGAGAUCUCAUCUCAGACGUGGAACAUCGGUUGCAGGGGUCAACAAUGGAGAUGCUGCAGGAUGUGAAUUGCGUCAUGGAAAGGAGUGAGACCUUUACUCUGAAGAAGCCAAAAACUCAUUCCAUGAAACAAAGGAGAGUGUUCCAAGCUCCUGAUCUGAGAGGCAUCUUGCGAGUGUUUAAUGAGCUCACAGAUGUGCAACGCUACUGGGUUCACGUGACACUGGAUCCUCUCAACUCUAAAUCAAAUGUUUCCAUUUCUGCGGAUCGGAGACAAAUGAGAUAUGUGAUCGAUUUGAGACCAAGGAGAAAUACAUAUCGGAAUGACGAUUAUGAUGAUUGUAGUGUCCUGGGCUCCCCAGUUAUCAGAUCAGGGAAACAUUACUGGGAGGUAGAUGUGUCAGAGAAACGUGCCUGGAUCCUGGGGGUAUAUGGUGGAAAGUGCCCUGAAGUCAACAUGAAGGUUUUAUUUAGACAAGGUGAAAAUUAUCCACAUGUUUACUCUAGAUAUCAACCUAGAAAUGGCUACUGGGUUAUAGGGUUACGGAAUCACUUCGAAUAUAAUGCUUUUGAGAAGUCUUCCUCCUCAGAUCCCUUGAUCUUAACCCUCUCUCUGACUGUUCCUCCCCGUCGUGUGGGGGUUUUCCUAGACUACGAGGCUCGCACUGUCUCAUUUUUCAAUGUUACAAACCAUGGGUUUCUCAUCUAUAAAUUCUCUUCGUGUUACUUUUCUCAGGAAAUUUUUCCAUAUUUCAGUCUUAUGACAUGUCCUGCCCCCAUGACAUUGUGCUCGCCAAGCUCUUGAACCUUCUUACAUCCUCACUCACUUUGUAGUACCUCUUGCCUUGGGUGCAUCUAAAGCACUCAGGUUAUUUGCAC